AUGGCCAAAAUCAAGAAAAAGGGAACGUCUGGCGCCGCAAAGAAUUAUAUUACCAGAACCCAAGCCGUGCGCAAACUGCAGGUCUCGCUCCCAGACUUUCGUCGACUUUGUAUUUUUAAAGGCAUUUAUCCCCGUGAGCCGCGAAGCAAAAAAAAGGCGUCGAAAACCUCCACGCCUAGCACUACAUUUUACUACACUAGGGAUAUACAAUAUUUACUACACGAGCCUUUACUCCGCAAGUUUAGAGAACAGAAAUCCCUUUCCAAAAAAAUUGCAAAGUCCUUAGGUCGUGGCGAUGUUCGCGACGCGGCUCGGAUAGAGAAGAACAAUACUCCGAAAAUCUCCCUCGACCACAUUAUUAAAGAAAGAUACCCGACUUUUAUCGAUGCUCUCCGCGACCUGGACGAUGCUUUGUCGCUGCUAUUUUUAUUUGCUAACCUACCAUCAACGACUAAUGUGCCCCCGAAAACCAUCGCCUUAUGCCAACGACUCUGCCAUGAAUUCCAACACUAUCUGAUUACCUCUCACUCCCUUAGAAAAUCCUUCCUAUCGAUAAAAGGCAUUUACUACCAGGCCACUAUUCAGGGGCAGGAUAUUUUGUGGCUAGUUCCUUAUCGCUUCGUUCAAAAGGUCUCAGGGGAUAUUGAUUACAGAAUCAUGGCAACUUUCGUGGACUUCUACACUACACUCUUAGGGUUUGUUAACUUCCGCCUUUAUACAUCAAUUGGCCUUGUCUAUCCGCCAAAGUUUGACGCCAGAAGUGACGAGCAUGGCGCAGAACUAGCCGCUUUUACGUUGGAAGGCAGGAAAAUCGGAGAUCAACUAAAGGCUAUUGAACCCGAUAUACAAACCAACGGGACAUCAUUGCAAGACAACCCCACGCUAAACGAUAUCCAGUCAAAAGUCAACACAAUUCUCCAGAAUACCAACUUGGACGACAAGCGGGACACAGAAAUAGUGGAGCAGAAGCAAACUGAGCUCGACGCAUUUGAUAGAUUUGAAAUUACAGCGCCAGAGGCAGAUAGCCUUCCGCAACCUCAGAUGAGCGGGAAUGAAAGUGGCUCGUUAUUCACUCCUUUGACAUUCUUCAUUUCCAGAGAAGCACCCAGGGCGCCGCUAGAGUUUUUAUUGCGUGCUUUUGGGUGUAAAAGAAUCGGCUGGGAUGCCGUUUUAGGCGAAGGUGCCUUCACUCAUGAUGAAAGAGACCCUCGGAUAACACACCAAAUUGUAGAUCGCCCACCCCUUGCGGAGAGUUCACUUCCACCACUGCCACAGAACCCUGAAAAUGGGACGGAAGCGACGAUAAGAGUACGACCAGGAACUAAAAUACCUGGCCGAACGUACGUUCAACCACAGUGGGUAUGGGAUUGCGUUAAUGAUGGAAAGAUUUUGCGCCCUGACAUUUAUGCCCCUGGUGCUACACUGCCGCCUCACCUUAGCCCGUGGGUCAAACCAUCCAAAGGAGAGUACGAUCCUCGGUUGAGCUUAGCGGAACAAGAAGAUGAAGGUGAAGCUCAAAGAGCAGCCGAGGAUGACCAGGAUGAGGAAGAGAGUGAGGAUCAGGAUGUCAAGUCUAUAGUCACGAAAGGCCCUCAAAGCCAAUCGGUCGAUGGCUCGGAAGAAGGAUCCAUUGACGGCGGGAUGGAGAUAGAUAUUCCCGGCUCAGACGACGAAGAGGAUGAGGAAGAGGAAGAAGAGGAAGAUACUUUCGAAAACUCCGGCGAUAUUGACGGAAUGGUCAGCGAUCAAUCCGCGUCUGAGGAUGAGGACGAAGUGGCACGAAACCAGCACCAAAAGGAGCUUGAAGCUGAAGCUGCGGGUCUUCCCUUCGCGGGAGCUCAUGAAGUCGAUGAAAAUUCGUCGAAACUGCCAAAGAAAAAGCCCUUCAAUCAAAAACAUGCUAUCAAGAAAAAGAAGGAGGAGGAGGAGCUCGAGCGCCAAAAGAUGAUGAUGAGCCGGAAAAAGCGCAAACUUCUUGACAAGAUGCUAUACUCCAACAAAAAGAAAGAUGAACAAUCUGAAAAGUUACGAAGAAAACGAAGAAAGAUCGAACAGGGGAAGAAGGAGUAG